AUUGCAGUUUAGCUCAAAUUCUUGAGAAGGAACCUCCAAGAUGCGUCGGCUGAAGUUUCACGAGAAGAAACUUCUGAAGAAGGUUGACUUCAUCUCCUGGGACGUGGACAAUAACCUUCAGGAGGUCAAGGUCAUGAGGAAAUACCACAUCAACCGCAGGGAGGAUUAUACCAAGUAUAACAAACUUAGCCGAGAAGUCAGAAAUCUGGUGGAAAAGAUAAAAGAGCUGAAUGUUGAGGACCCGUUCAGGACAGAGUGCAGCGAGCGACUGUUGGAGAAGAUGUACGUUCUGGGGCUGAUCCCCACCAAGAGGAACCUGGCUAACGUCACCAGGGUGUCAGCCUCCAGCUUCUGUAGGAGGAGACUUCCUGUCAUCAUGGUCAAACUACGGAUGGCUCAGACAUUACAGAUGGCGACACAGUUUAUCGAGCAGGGACACGUGCGCGUGGGGCCGGAGCUGAUCACGGACCCCGCUUUCCUCGUCACGCGCAACAUGGAGGACUUCGUCACGUGGGUGGACACGUCCAAGAUCAGACAACACGUGAUGGAGUACAACGAGGCGCGGGACGACUACGAUCUGGCGUAACCUGCACACUCUCACAGACUGGCAAAUUUCUUCAUCAGUCAUUAGUUUUGCAGGAUU